GUGUAUGCGCGCGUGUGUGUGUGUGUGUGUGUGCGCGCGCGCGCGCUACGGUAUGGCGGCAGUAUAGCCAGAACUCUGAUCUAGCUCUGAUGAGAUAGAAGAGGUACGGGGCCAUGUAUUUGUAAAUCAGAAACACGAUGUGCAACUUUACGAGAUAGAAAGAAAGUGCUGAUAAUUUGUUUAUGACGAGUAUUUGAAAAUAGGAGAAGAGAUCAAACGAAAUUUCAGUACUCGGAAUGUUCAAACUAUUCAAAUCGAGAAUGCUCCAACGAGUCACUCUUGUUUUGACGUUGAUGAAACUUUUUGUCAUUACCGAUUCAACAACUUUUUAUUCUACAAUCGCCAAUCUUGCACCGGUAGAACGCGGAAUCGAAAUUCCUGUUGCAUGGCGAUAUCGCUAUGAUCCGGAAUUACCUAUCACCAGGAUUCGUAGAAGUAACAAUAUCAUUGAUAAUGGAAUUCCCGAAUCAUCGAACAUUGGACUUAACAUCGAAGAUCCCAAGUGCAGCGAGGAGCUCAGACGAUUGUGCGGCGAUCCCGACAACAAUAAUGAUCAACUAUUCGUUCUUGAAUGUGUUCAAACGUUCAAGUUGAAAGAAAUGAAGAAGAUAGACAAUGAUUGUCAACACGCAAUAUGGAAGCACAUAUCGGAUGUAACCAGCAAUCAAAACAUUUACAAAUUGGCUAUUAAAGCUUGCGGCAAAGAGUUGAACGAUUUGCAUUGUUCACCCGACAGAGGUGACAGAGGAAGCUAUUUGACGUGUUUGAUAAAAAAUCAAGAAAUCGUCAAAGGGGCAAGUUGCGCUUCUUUCAUACAACAGUUGGAGUGGGUGGCAGUGAGCGAUUUCAGGAUACUCACUCCAAAGCUUUCCGAUUGUCACAAGGACAUAAUGAAUUUGAAAUGCGGAAGGAUAGGAAUGAUCGGGGAUCAAACGCAGGGAGAAACAUUGGAUUGUUUGCAAAGCCAUAUAGAUAAGUUGGAGCCGCAGUGCAGAAAAGGAAUCAAUCGCAUAUCAGAGAUACAGAGCGACAAUGUGAAACUCGAUCGUCAAUUAUACUUGGCUUGUGCGCAAGAUCAUAUUAAUUUUUGCAAGACCAUAAUGCCAGGAACAGGCCUGGUUUAUAAAUGUCUUAUGCAGCAUAAAAGCGAUCGCACUAUGACGAUACAGUGUCGGGAUCAAUUGGUAAAACGGCAAAGACUCAUCGCUUCGGAUUAUCGGGCGAGCAAGGGUCUCGUAAGAGCUUGCAAAGAGGAUAUAAAAAAUAAUCACUGUCGCCGAUCGGUUUCUGAAGACAAAGAAAUACGUCUGGCUCAAAUUUUACUCUGUCUCGAGACUGUUGUGAAAAACGGUAGCAAAAUCGAUCCUGAAUGCCAAGGAGAAAUGUUCGACCAUCGAAAAAUUCUCAUGGAAGAUUACAGACUCUCGCCUGAAAUCGUAAACGGAUGCGCUAAUGAUAUACCAACUUUCUGCCGAGGCCUCGAGGUUGGAGGUCUGACGAUACAUUGUUUGAUGGAGCACACGAGAUCGAGGAAAAAAAAUUCUAGGGUUUCCGCUGAGUGCCAGAGGGCUCUUGAGGCAUUGAUAGAAGAAACUGAUGCCGGCGAGGAUUGGCGAAUUGAUCCCGUUUUAAGAGAAGCUUGUCGACCAGUCGUGGAUGUUGCUUGUCGCGAUGUUCCGGGGGGAGACGCGAGAGUCAUUUAUUGCUUGAUGUCAAAACUCGGCACCGACAAAAUGACGGAAGCUUGCGAAGCUGCGAUAAUCCAGAUUCAAUAUUUCGUAGUGCGGGAUUACAAACUUGAUCCUCAAUUAUACAGAGCUUGCAAAUCGGACGCUAUACAAUAUUGUCACGCAAAAAAAGCUUGGCACGACGACGGUGAGCAUAUGAAUCCGGAAACGGGACCGCUCGUUUUACCCUGUCUCUAUAGAUACGCUUCGCAACCUCGUAAAAAUAUGACAUUGCGAGGCGAAUGUCUCGAUGAAAUAAGGCGCGUUAUGAGGCAACGAGCUAUCAGCGUUGAUCUUCAGCCGGAAGUCGAGGACGUUUGUCUCACCGAACUUUCCACUUUCUGCUAUGACAAACCCCAAAAAGGAGAAGAAAUUUUGUGCCUCCAAGACAAUUUGGAACAAUUGAGCAUCGACUGUAAGCAAGCGGUGAGCAAUUUGACGGCCGAACAGGCCGAAAAAGUCGAGCGUAAUCCCGUGAUAAUGGCAGCCUGCCAAAGAGUAAUGGAACACCAUUGCGGGGAAGUUCUGAAAUUCGGCAAGGACGAGGGUGAUAUGAUGGAUUGUUUGAUCGAGCACAAGAAUGAUCUUGAUUCGCGCUCCGAUUAUAAAUGCAAGGCUGCCGUUGAACAUUUUCAGUUGAUAUCCUUGAAAAAUUAUCAUUUCACGUUCAAAUUUAAGGAAGCUUGCAGACCACUCGUUAUGCGUCAUUGUCACGAAUCAACGACAAAAGUUUCCGUAAUCGAGUGCCUCAGCGGUAUAGUUCAAGAUGAUGUAUUGCACGACAAACAGCCGAGAAUACCAAAAGAGUGCAGACAACAACUGAAAAUGCAGCUUUAUCAACAACGGGAAAACAUUCGUUUCGAUCCGGUGUUGCAAAAAGCUUGUGCCUCGGAUAUAAAGCAGCUCUGUUAUAAAAUCGAGCCUGGAAAUUCACAGGUUUACGAAUGUCUCGCUUCGCAAAAAAUGAAAUUGACAGACGAGUGCCAUCGACAAUUGUUCAAAAUAAGACGUCAAGAAUUUGAAGACAGUUCUAGCGAUUUUAUACUACUCAACUCGUGUCGCUCGAUGAUACGACAAUUUUGUUAUGAUUCCGAUCGUUCACAGGCUCUCGAUUGUCUCAAAAGGCACAAGGACGAGGCUACUUUCGACGAUAAAUGCAAAAAUAUUGUUAUACGCAGAAUGAUCGAGCAAAAUACGGAUUAUAGAUUUAAUACCGCUCUGCAAAACGCUUGUUCGAAAGAUAUCGCCAAGGACUGUAGUGACGUUUUGAAAAAUGGACCGAAGGAUAAAGAACUCGAAGGCAAAGUCAUAAGCUGCCUGAAAAUUCAAUUCCGCAAGUGGAAACUAUCGGCCAAGUGCGAGCAACAAAUAGCUCAUAUACUUCGUCAGACUGCUCUCAACUAUCAUCUUGAUCCUUUGCUCUCGACCCUCUGUGCUCACGAGAUAAUGACAAUUUGUCGGGCUGAUGAAAAGGAUCCAGGAUCAGUUGAGGAGUGUUUGAAGACCGAAUUUAAUGCUGGUAAUCCUGAAAUGAGAGAAGAGUGCCGAGUCCAAGUGGCGGAUCUAAUAGAGGAGUCAAGGGCUGACAUAAACGUUGACCCGUUGCUCCAUAAGGCGUGCAUAGUAGAUUUGAAAAAGUAUUGUAGCGAUGUGCCCCAAGGAGGUGGCAAACAUAUCAUGUGUCUUCAAGCAGUCUUGGAUAACAAAAAGUCUUUACAACCAGAUUGUUAUAAAAUGCUGACUACGCGAAUCGAAAUGUUCAGAAAUGCUGCCAAAUUGGUCGAGCCUCCAAAAACAAUCGGCGAUCUUUAUUCAACGAUGAAUCGUUCGCCAGCAAGAAGGUACUUCAUUGUUAUGGCGAUCUCAUUGGUCGGCACGAUAUUCAUAAUGGGUUUAUUCUGUGGAAGGGUCACUAGACGCACAAUGAUGAUGAAAAACAAGUGACGAUUAAAGUCAUCGAGACCCACACGACUUUAGAGAUGCGCGAAAAGUCUCGAAAUUAUAUCUGAAAUCUCAUGGGUGUUUUCAGAGCGCAAAAAAAAUCGGAAACAAUCUUGAAAUUAUGACAAAAAGAUGUUGGUAGCUAAAAGAACCGGAGCUUUUUAUUUUCUCUUUCAACAAACUUCGGUAAUUAAUAUAUUUGGGAAAAUCCAAACUUCCCAACAAUUUUUCUACGAAUUUUUUAUACAACAAACUUGGAACGAUGCUGUGAAUCGUUGCGGAGGGGAAACUGCAUUUUCCGAAAGCGCAUGAGAAUCCUAUUAAUUAAAAAACGAGACAGCGAAAAAAAAAAACAUACCGAGUAUAGAAUAAUUUUGCUUUCUCUUUCACUAUAAGUCGAACGAUCGAUUCGAUAGUAUCGAAUUUUAGUUAUUUAGUCAAAACCGGUCGAGUCAUUCCACAAUAUGUGUACAAAGAAUAUAGCCCGUAUAACAAAAUUUGGUAACGAUGCUAAAAAAUAACAAGAUGUGUGAAAAGGAAAAGAACGCAUAUAGGCAAACACCGAUCCAACGAGCAUGGCGAAUAAGGACGAGAAAACUUUAAAUUGAUUUUUUUUUUCUUUUUUUUCCUUCAAUUUCCCAUUUCAUCGGCUAUUGAUAGAAAACUCAACGAUGAUUGUAAAUAUUGUACGGUAAGUGUCUGCGAGACAAUGGGAGGAAAAAAAAACGUGGGAGAAAAAAAUGACAAUCGGCAUACGUUUGUUCUUUAGUCUUAUUUUAAUUUUUUUCAUAGCCGAUUUACACUCAAUAAUAAUAAUAAUACACGUUGCCGAACAAAUUGCAACCUAAAAUUUGUUUCAGACUUAUUCAUAGAAAAUACAUCAAACGGUGGUGAAUUA